AUGGCAACAGAGCAUGAAGAAACUUCAGCUUUAGAGCUGAUCAGGCAACACCUCCUCAAUGAAUUCACCUCCAUGGACAGCUUCAUCUCUGGCCUCAACCUUUGCACCUCCCAAAUCCCCCAACCCCAAAGUUCCCAUUUACCCUCCCAAUCUAAGACAAACUCCACCACCAGCUCUGAUCAGUAUUUCAGAAUCUCUGAUUUCUUGCUCCCAGAAAUUGAUCAAGACACCCAGUCCGAAACCAAGCCCCAGAUUGCUCACCCAAAACCACCCAAACACUCGACUCUGAGCCACCGCAAGCCCGCCAUAAACGUUGCCAUACCCUCACCGCCGGUUCUGUCCGGUGAUGAGCCUCAGAACCCAUCAAGCUCUAACAACGUGGUGGUCGAAGCUUCUGAGGCUGCAAGGCAUUACAGGGGUGUGAGGAGAAGGCCAUGGGGAAAGUAUGCGGCUGAGAUUCGGGACCCGAACAGAAGGGGUUCCCGGGUUUGGCUUGGAACCUUUGAUACUGCCAUCGAAGCUGCCAAAGCUUAUGAUCUUGCUGCUUUUAAGCUGCGUGGAAGCAAAGCCAUUCUCAACUUCCCUCUGGAAGCUGGAAAAACAGCAGAAGCAGAGCAGCCUCUGCAGACAACUGUUGGUGGCAGCAGAAAGAGGAGGAGAGAGAGCAGCGAACAGAGCACAGAUAGUCAAGAGAGACAGAGCACAGAUAGUCAAGAGAGACAGAGCAGCGAGGAGAUUAGCAAUAAAGAGAUGAAGAAGGAAAAUCAAGAGAUGGUUUCUUCAAGUUCAAGUAACAGUGGAGUUUGUCCAUUAACACCGUCGAGUUGGACGGCAGUUUGGGAUAUUAGCAAAGAAAAUGAACAGGGGAUUUUCAGUGUGCCUCCUCUGUCUCCCUUAUCUCCGCACACUUCUUUCCUGGGAUUUCCUCAGCUUAUGGUUACAUAA